AUGUCACUCUUUUCUCACCGUUUCAAACGCCAGGCGGAGAACGGCACACAAUCGUUGAAACCCGUGCCAGCUCAGGCGUCCAUCCGGAGGAAACUGUUUGAUGUCUUUUCGCGACCAAAGUCUCCCGCCCCUUCAGCGCCCGUCAUUCAAGCGCCGGUCACUCCAGCGCCGGUACACAGCGGCAGUGAGAAACAAAGCAGAUCUUUAGUACUACCCAAACCACCGAGCAGCAACACCAAGACAGAAGAGCCUUCAAUACCUAUACAAGCUUCAAACAGCAACCGGCCGAAGCCAAACGAACCUUCAGUGCUCAUCACAGAAAUACAGGCCGAAGCACAUAUAGAAAGCUCUGACGUAUCAGAAUCUGCCUACCACAAAGCUUGGUGUUCAUUGACUGAGGAGCAAAAGCUGCUGCUAAAGGGAGAUGACAUCGGAGAUCUAUUCGAUCAGCUCAGAGAUGCCGAUCAAAAGCAUCAAGCUCAGUCGCUUCUUCGAAGAGGGCUCAAGGUUGUGAGCCCGUAUCUAGAUCGCCUCAGCAUCACCAUCGACUUCAUCAGCCCCUUUGCCAGUAUGAACCCGGCUGCAGGAACUGCACUUGGCCUUAUCAAAGGCGUCAACUCGAUAUUCAUUGCCAUCUGCGGUGCGGCCGACAAUGUGUCCAGCCAGAUUGGAUCGUUCUUCGAACGAAUUCUAGCGAUCGAGCGUUGCAGCGAGGUUGUCGACGGACAUAGCCAACUGCUCGAUAUACACAAGGCAUUGGUCAACGUGUACAAAGAUCUCUUGCAGUUCUAUCUGAAGACUAUCAUCAUGUUCAAGAAGUCCGGGUUCGUCAUACAUCUCGCUCUGGAUUGGCUCAAGUCAGACCUGUCCGGAAUUAUCGCCUCAUUCACUACCCACGCGGACCUGUUGUCGAAGCUGCUCGAGUCUGAGACGUUUGCGAGCGUCCAGGAGAUAAAAGACGAACAAGUGGAAGCUUUAAUUCGCGAUACCCUCGACAUCCACAGAGAAAACGAGAUUGCGUACCACAAUGAAUUGAAGCGGCGUGCCGACGAAGCAUGCAGCUGGAUAGCAUCCAACGACCAAUUCUCCUAUUGGAGAUUAAACUCCCGGGACUCAAGUCUCUUGGCCUUAUUCGGAGACAUGGGUUGCGGCAAGACGAUAACCACUGCUUAUGUGGUAGACACGUUGUCACAGGGGCAGCUUGUCUGCUCUUACUACUGCAAAGACGACCAGGAAACAACAAAACUUGGGAAUAUAUACCGCAGCCUCAUCUGGCAGCUCUUGAAAAGGAAACCUGAUCUGAAGACCCGCUUCUCGAGCUGGUAUAAGAAGGCUGAAUCGCAAAGCCAGGUGAAUCCGACGCAAUCCGACGACAUGCUGCGCGAGUUCCUGUUCGAUGCUCUUUCUUCAUCCAAGCAAUGCAUAUUCUUUGUGCUUGACGGCCUGGACGAGUGCGAGUCCUAUUCUCAAAGGCAGAUACUCUCCCUCUUCCGCGAGCUUUUAGAGCGCGAGGCCCGGCUCAAGGUCUUCAUUUCGUCUAGAUAUGACGACGACGUUGAGAAGGCCUUACCAUCAGGAGCCAGCAGAAUUGAGCUAGGGGCAGGGUUCUCCCAAGAAAGAGACCGCAUCAUUGCAAACUAUCUCGCGAGCCAGCUCAACAUUCCGGAGCAGACUCGCGGGAAAGUGGUGGACAAACUGGCUGAGAAGGCUGACGGCUCCGCCAUCUGGCUACGCAUUUCUCUGGAGUACAUCGGAAAGCUUCGCGUACAGAAUGAAAGGGGUCUAGAAACCGCCUUGAAGCGGCUCCCGUCGUCGACAGGCCUUGCUGAACUGUACUGGAAGUUGUUCGAGAAGGUUUGUGCAGGAUUGCCGGAAAACGAGGAACAUCUCCGGCGGGCUCUGGAGACGCUUGCAGUGGCCCGGCGCCCCCUAUCGUCCGGCGAGCUUGCUUACGCGGUAUUCAUCGAGACGGAUGAUGAAGGCCCUGCGACAAUGGCAGAGCUGGAGGACAAUGCGCAAUCGGUGAACCUCCUUGAUCUCAUACGACCCUUCAUCAGCACCACAACCGCAAUAGAUGAGAAACAUGCACAGCUUCGCCUUGUCCACCAGUCUCUCAAGGAGCUCAUAUUGCAGGCUUCGCCAUCCAGCUGGAGCUUGGUUGGGAAACCAGGGUGGAAGAACCAGACCGUCCAACGAAAGGGAGAACUCAACGGCUUCCUCCUCAAACGCUGCAUCCAGUAUCUCCUCUUUGAUGAAUGCGGGGAAAUUGACCUCUACUCGGCCUUCACUGAGGGGUCCCUGGAUGCCGAUUUCUUCGCCAUCGGAGGCAUUCUCGAUGACGAUGAGGCUCCGCCGGAGUUGAGUCAGGAAUUCGAUCCCUUUGAGCUCGGGCUUGGGAGAUUCUUCACCUAUGCGGCCAGCGGCUGGACAACUCACUUCCAUGAUGCGGCGCAAGACCUCUGGCCCAAUCCAACUGACUUCAUCAAAUUAUGCAGCCACGGCUCCCAGCGCCUGGACAACUGGGUUGAGCAGUGGAAACGCCCAAGAAAUUCGCGGAGGACCCAGUUGACCUUCCCCGAAGCCACAAACCAUCUCGAUCCUCUCGUCGUGGCGGCCAAUUUUGGUCCGGUAGCGUACAUGACUGACCUGCUCAAAUGCAAUCUCCAGAGUCCUGAUUUUCUGCCCAACUCUGUCUGGGUUGCUGUCAGCAAUUUGAUUGACCGCAAUCGUAUUUCGACGGUUGAGCAGCUUUUGAAAGACAAGAGUCUUGGCUCCAUUCUGUGCUGCACGUACUUCUUCUUUGAAGCCGUCCUGGGCUGGACAAAGUCCGACAGGGCGCAAGGUAACGCCGCAAAGGAAUGGGAAGACAUAUUCGAAUACCUGAUCAAGGCUCUACGCGGAGACCUUCUCGAGGAAGGCAACGAGAUCCUCUGUCAAGCAGCUCGCAACGGAUGCCUCGUACUGGUCAGGAAGCUCUUUGAGGUGUCUGAGCAUGACCCGGAGUUGAGAAGAGCAAUCAUAAUGGGAGACCGUUUCAAGAUGAGUGACUGGCGAGGAGGCCUCGCAACGCACCAGUCAAUCGGCGAGGCUGCGUAUGAAGGGCACGUGGAGAUUGUUCGCUUUCUGUGUCAACAACCCGGGAUCGAGCCUCAUAUACGCUACGUCAACCAGCACGGACACACUGUGUUCCAUCAAGCCGCGAGAAGGGGCAUCAGGGAAAUCAUCAUGACACUCAUCCAACGCUGGCCUGAAGGGGUCAACAUAAGGAAUAAAGUGAACGAUGCCCCUCUUGGCGACUUCAUCUUCCACCGCAUCACUGGCGACGUCGAAGCGAUCGAGACCGUCAAGGCGAUGCUACGAACGGGUCAAGUUGACGCUACAGGCCUGAAGGAUGAUCCUGGCUAUUCUCCCCUCUGUGCAGCCGUUCGAAGGGGAGAGAUUGCGCUAUGUAAGACGCUCAUUAUUGAGGGUUCGGCUGAUAUGUCAUGCGCCGUGGGCGUUGACAGAGAGACUGGGAAGCCGUUUUUGACAAAAGAUGUGAGAGUUCAGGAGACAACGGACGCACAAGAAGCGAUGCUGAAGCAGCUGUGUUCUCUGCUCCCUCUUGCUGUGUCCACAGAAUACUUAUUCUGA